UCCACUGCUGCCCUAUCACUACGGCUGAAGGGACCGAAAGAGUGGGUACAACAUGCACAUGCGGGGAACCGUGAGGGCAGGCGACCAGUCACCGAGCGCGGUUUUCAAGGAGAAGAGUGCUUUUGCAGUACUCUGCGAGGCAUGACCCUAGACUCGGUAGUGAGCAGCGACUCGUCGUUUGGAACGGGACGCAAUUUCACUCCAGAAACAAAGGCGGUGAUCGCCAACGUCAUGCAGUUUUUUGGAAAGUUGAAGGAGAAGCUGGGGGAAAGAUCUCGAGGAACCAUGUUUGAAAAGAUAGACAUUAUAACUGCUAAGGCGUGCGGUGUGAGCACGAGUACUGUGUACCGAGUCAAAAAUCCUAUGAGUCGCCCAAUGACUCCACGAGGAAAGCCGAAGGAGCGCAGCCGGAAGGCUGAGAUCAAGACCGCUAUGGAUAGCUUUGGUCAGGAGUGGGGUGAACGCCUAAAGCGUCUGGUGCAUGGCAUGCUAAAGGAAGAGAAGGAUAUUACUAUUCGGGAGUUGCGGCAGCAGAUCUCGAUUACCUAUCCGGAUUUCGGAUUAUCAGUGACGACGCUUUGGAGGCUGCUGAAAGGUCUCGGGUUCUCCUUCAAACUACUGAAGGGGCAGCGGUUCAUUUUUGAACGCUCGGACCUGUCUCUCAAAAGAUCGCUGUUCUUGAGGAAAGUGAACGAGGCCAGAGAAAGGGGGGACUGCGUGGUCUAUAUGGAUGAGACGUGGGUGUUCGAAGGUAUGGUGAAGAGGAAGGGCUGGGUCGACACCAAGAUGUCGCGUUUUCCCUCGGCUGAAACGAUACGGAACUAUUCUUGCGGGAAGACUGCUGGAAAACGAAAGGGAAGCGCGGCAUUGACCACGCAGGACGAUUAUCACCGCGAAAUGGACCACGUGGCAUUCGAACAGUGGCUAAAAGGGUCAAUCCCGCUGAUGAAAGAUUUUGCAGCUGGGAGAAAUGUUACCUUAGUGUUGGAUAACGCACCAUACCAUACUAGAGCGUUGUAUAAGCUCGAUGACUUCGUGGAAAGCCGAGGCGGCCUAGCAGCUUUACGAUGCUACGCCGCCGAGAAGAUAUGCAGUGAUCUGGGGGUUACCCUAGUCAGGUUGCCGCCGUUUCACUGUUUCUUCAACCCGGUUAGGAGUAGAACUCUUGAAAUAUUGGGAGGUCUGCCAAGACAACUUUGCGAGGGUUGGUGCAGGGAGACACUUCGGGAAGAAGAAGCUGCGAGGUCGAAAGAGGUUCUAGAUGGUGGGAGUCAUGGUGGUGGCGGUGGG